AUGGUUUCCAUGGUUGUGCUUCUUGAUGCUCCGUCUCCCGAUGAGUCGGAGGAUGAUCUCAUAGACCACGCCAAGAAGCUGGCGGCUGAGUUUGCGAACCGUGCAAAGAGUGCCUUUGAUUGGCUUCUCCAGGCAGCUGACGACAAGCUCGUGGACAAUGUCUGGUUCUCGCCAUCCCGAAACUGGGACCCCCGCAACACCGGAUCACGAAUGGCCCAACCACAAAGGGUUCGUCACGCUAGCUGGAGACACUGGCCAUCCAAUGACAAACCCGAGGUCAAGGCUUCAACAAUAACAUUGAUGAUGCCGGGUGGUCGCUCCCAGCAGGAGCUGAUCGAUGAGUACGAAGUUGGGAUGAAGGUCAAGGGUGGACGUAAAGUUGAGCUGAGCGAGGGAAGCGACCUCAUUCUCCACAACUGGGAAAUGGUGAUGAGUAGACCGCUACUCAACAAGGGCCUGGACCAAGUCGCCUCCGGCCGACCCAUCUGCCCCCUUCCUUAA